CCUCUGUCUCCUCCUCUGUCUCCUCCUCUGUCUCCUCCUCUGCCUCCUCCUCUGCCUCCUCCCCUGCAGCGCCCUGUCCAGCCAACUGGAGCCUCUGGUCCUGCAGCAUCAGCUGGGUCCAGCGUUGCAGACCAGGCCCCUGCUGCAGUCCUCGGACCUGACGGCAUCCCAGGCUGGGAUAAGGUCCAGGACUUGGCCGAGUACCUGGUGACCCUGCGUCAGGCUCUCUACCUGGACGAGCAGCAGGUCAGAGGUCAUCUGCCUGUGACCUCUGACCUGGACAAGAGGAGGAUCCAUUACCAACCCAGGCACCAAGCCCAGCUGGCACACGGCCGCUUUAAGGCCCCCAAGAAUACGGGCGUCACCCCGGGUGUGGACAGUGUCAAGAGGAGCCUGAUUGGUCCUCCAGGGGGACCGGCUCAGUGGCCCAGCACCAGUCGUCUAGUUGAGGCUCUGUGCAUUAAAUUGUGUUCAUUGCACAAGUCCCCAACAAAAAAGGAUGGAGUGCGGCUUCCUCGGUGGACCAAAGUUCUCACCGACUAUCACCACAUCUGAGACCUGGUGCUGGACUGCCCCCCCCUGAUGGAGGCCACCUCUCUGCAGCUUUUUGUCCUCAAUCAGAGGACUCUGACACAGUGGUUUAAUCGAAGGGAGAGCACGCAGGAGAUUAGUGUCCUCACCCAGGGCCUUGCUGCAGAGGACCACAUCGUUGUGGCCAGCUCACAGCUGCCUCCUCCGCGGGAGAAGCUGGACGAAGCGCCGUCCCCCUCAGGACUCCAGCAUGAGUUUGCCCUCCCGCCAAACAGAGCAGCUAAAACUAGUCCGACGUUCACGCUGCUGGAUUCUGACUGCAUCAAUCGGCUCUACGAGACCUCAGAGCGCUCUGAUGCUGCGGCUCCAGGGAAAGCCUUCAGUCAUGCAGCGGCGACUUAUGGAAGGUAGGCUGAUGAAUUAUCUGAUUCAGAAACAUACUGGCCGUUGGCUCGUUGUGAUUAGAUUGCUGGUCAGUUAAUUUUGUAAUGUUUGGGAUUUAACUGAUGUUAUGAGAGGAUAUCAAAACAUUAGCUUACCUGUCUCCUCUCCUCUUGACGUCUCCUGGUUUUGUUUUUUUAUGGAACUUCGCAGCCCAGACACUUUUCUGGCGUCAUGUGGUCUUAUGUUGGUCUUUUGUCCACAAAAUGAAAAAAACAUACGGUUGCUUCGGUGGUUUCUUCAGAUUUUAAGCUUUUAACCACAGGCGAAGGGAUUCCUCCUUCUUCGGCUGAGGGUGAAUGAAGUAGGGCGCCUCGUAUCCACAGCUUUUGUACACGGUCGAUGAUUAAAACACUCCUGCUCCACGUAAACCUUUCUUUUACACCCGUUACUAUGACAACCUCUAACCACACAAAUGAUCCCGGUCUUCCUCGAAGUCAUAAUGACGAGUAAUUUGAGACGAAGUAGCCGCAUGAGCCGCUUCUCAGAUAGCUAAACACUGACAGGAAGUGAGCGGGCGGAAGUCUCGCCCAAACAAACGUCAACUCGCUGCCUCCAUGUUUCCGUCAAAAAUAAGGUGGAUAUGCACGCGAGAAAGCAACAACAAAAAAACGCGUGUCAACGUCAAAUAAACGCAAGCAACGCAAGCAUAUCGAGUU